AUGGAGGAGGAACUUAACGAGCAUGAUUUGGAGGAAAGGCUGUAUGCUAUGCUACAUCAUGUGGACGAGUCGGAGGGAAAUUCUACAUCAAACCAAAAUCACCACGAUGCAUCGCAAAUUGUAGAGAACGCCCCUAAGAGCACGGUGCGACGCUACUGGCGAACCAGCGAACCGACCACUCUAUAUCAGAAGGUGAACACACCAAAAGAACCUUUGAACGCAUCGCUGAAGGUGAACACACCCAAAGAACCUUUGAACGCAUCGCUUAACAACAAUAAAUCGGAUCUGAAUCAAACAAACCAAACACCUAAACCCAAAGAAGAGAAAUGUGAGUCGCCAAAAUCUUCACCCCUAGUUGAUCUAUCAAUAUUCCAGUCACCAGUAUCACAGAACAUUAAGCGAACCAUCGAAAUAAUAGAAGAUGACUAUGAAGACCAAGUUUUGCUUGAGUCUAGUGAUGAGGAUGAAGUUAUUGAAGUAGCGCUACCACCUAAACCGACUAUUACUAUAGAAAGCUCAGACGAAGAUGAACUCACCAUUAUCGAUCCAAAUUCUCCAACAAAACACCACUCUAACCCUGACAGCAAAGCGGUAUGCAGUGGUGAGCGAGAUGUUUCAGCAAGUCCAGCUCCAUCAGCUGUCUCGUCAGUUUCCGAUGAAUUUAUUCGUGGUGAUUGCAUAGCAUUAAACAUAUCCUCCCGACAUCAGGACAAUCCCAGCUUUGAUUUUAGUCUUCACGGAUCUGACCUACUGGUUCAAAGUACUCCAUCAAAAAAAAAGAAAAAGAAGAAAACUAAAGAAGCUGUGACUUCUACACCCGUUGCCACAGUGAUGCAGGCUAAAGCUACGCCUAAUGAUGAAUGUUUUGCUACACCAAAAAGUAAAGCUAAAAAUAAAAAACAGAAAACCAAAUUGUAUGCAGUCACCGAGAAGAGUAUCCCGAAUGCUGAUAUUUAUGACUCUGACAGCAAUCAGUCUAUAGAGACAAAUAAAAACAGGAAUUCAUACAUAGUUACCGAGAAAAGUCUACCGAAUACGGAUGUUUACGAAUCCGAUUCAAAUCUAUCAGAAUGUGCUAAAGAGAUUCCCAAACAAUCGAAACAUAAUGAUGGUACUACUUCAGAUAGUAGCUUGUCACCAGAGGUAGACAAUGAAGAAAUUACUGAAACAACAAAAAAGAAUGAUGAUACCACUAUUACAAAUGCAUCAUUUGAAACAAUCUCUAUUGUGGAUCUAACUGACAAUGACACAGACAUCACUGUAGAUAAAAUUAAUGAUUCGGACAUUACUGAGAACAUUGUUAUGGGUAAUGUGUCUGGAUUUAAUACCACUGAAGAGUAUGAGAAUCUAAGCAUGUCUGACAAUAAUGUUUCCAAGUUUGGUUCAACAAAAAUUCCAUCAAUACUAAAUGAAGAUCUAGAUUUUUAUAAUUUGAAGGAUAAAGAUAAGGGAUGCAAAAGACGCAAAUACUCACUAACAACUCUUCGGGCGGAGAUGGAGAAAUUCUACAAUGAGAGCUGGGGUGGUGAAAAUUUUAAUCACAGGGAAAUACAGAAGAACAUGUCCCGUGAUAAAAAUUUAUGGGUAAUUGAUCCCAAGGAUAGGAUGCCAUCGCUGACCAAGAGGAAAGUGAUCUGCAAUUAUUGCAACCGGCCGGGGCACCGCGAUGACACUUGCCGUAUGAAGCCACCCGUUUGCUAUAUGUGCGGUCUUACUGGACAUCUAGAGCCGCGCUGUCCUAGCAAAAUCUGUGUCAAUUGCGGCUCGCCGAACCAGAUGUACUCAACGAUGUGCCGAAACUGCUGCAACUGGGGUCAGCUCACGUGCUCCGAGUGCGGACAGAACGGACACCCCGCCUCGCACUGCCCCGACCUUUGGCGCAGAUACCACAAUACGAUUGACAACAACACGCCUCUCGAAAGAUGCGGCCAGCCUAAGAAGCACUACCAACUGUACUGCAGCGGUUGUACGCGACGCGGGCAUCUGGUCCACACCUGCCGCGUCACGCUGCCGUUCGCCGGCUUCGCUGUCAACUCCCCUUACGUCUGCAUAUAUCGCCCGCUGUAUCCCCCAACACCGAAUACCCCUAAUACAAACCAGAAGAAGCAAAAUAAGAAUUCAUCUCAAGAUCUCCACACCAUACCACCAACAACUCCGCAUAGGCAAGAUCGCAACAAGCGUCAGUCUAAAUCCCCAACCACACACGAAACACAUAUGAAUAAAAAGAGAAUCACCAUGUCCCCCUGUGAGGAAAAUGAUCUUCGCAACACCAAAAGUCCUGUCAAUACACCACAAAGUAAGACCUCUACAAGCAAAGAUGACGAAACUAAGAAGGAUCAGAGCAAGACACCUAACGAGAGUGCUAAAACUCAGGGAACUGUAGAAAAAGCACUCAAUUUCAUUCCACUCUUCUCAGCCAAUCAUGACAAGAAAGGCAAUAUUAUUCAAGACAAUGAGGUAUCUGAUACUAGCGAAGUCGUCACUUCCGCCAGAAUUUACGUGACUAACGAGAUUAUAGACAAACUAAAAACUGAGGAAGGUAAAGAAUGGUUGAAAAAUAUGUCCGAGAGGUACAAUGUUGAUGUAGAAAAUACGGACAUAAUUUCAUUUUUGAGUAUUAAGGGAAAGACUGCCGAUCAGGACGCCUUCCAAUCACAACUGAGGGACUGGUUCAAACCUCCACCAAGUGCUGAAACUAUAAAACCAAGUACUGAAAAAGAAGUCCAAGAUGCUAAACUGGACCAGUAUGCGAGUGUAAUACCUAAGAACCGAAACAAUCUUUUACGUCAAUUGAGUAAAGCACUGGAAUCUUUAAAGGAAGAUUUAGGAGACCCUAGUGCAUUAUAUAAGGAGUUAAAAUAUUUACAAAACCGACAGCAAAAUCUGCUCAAGCAGAAAGUGGUUAACCCUAAACAGCUGACCAACAACAGGGUACAUAUAAACCAAAUGCUCAAGAGGCUCAACAUGGUACUGCUCGGGCAAGCCGGUCUUGCCGACGGUUCUGAACAUUUAACGGAACUAUAUUCUUUUCAAGAAAAACUGAUGAACUCUAGACAAAAAAACAUACCUACCGAACUCCGGAAGGAAAUUGGAGAGCAUUAUAAGUUUAUAUUUACCGCAUGCCCUAGAAAUGACUAUAUUGAUCUACUCAAAAAGUAUCACAUCUCGAAUCAGACUGCACUCUUGAAAAAGAAAAAAAAGAAAACUUUAAAACUUAAGCCUAAAGUGAACAGACUACAAAAAAAAGUGAACAGCAUUCCAACACAACCAUUACAAAACGGGGGCAAUGUGGAAAAGCAAGUAGGUAGGGAGGAGAAGCUUGGCCAAAAUAAUAACCCCCACAUGAUGCAGAAGAUGGCUUUUUAUCAUAAGAGACUAUUGAGUACGCGCCCAAUAGGUGCCGCCCUCAAAAAAACACGAAUCGAUUUGGUGAGGAAACUGCACUCUUUCAUCGCCUCAAUGUUCAGGAAAGAGAACAUGUCCUCAAAAGCAUUGAAGAAAAUGAGAAAAACGCAAGAGCAGGCGCAGCUGUUCUUGUCUAACGUGUAA